AAAAAAACGCUUUCCAACUGUGAACAGCUGAGCGAAAUCAACCAAUGAAACUGAACCUGAAAAUUGCUUAUUGGUGCCUCAUGAAAGCUGAUUUUAAACUUAAAUGAAACUAUGCUCAUGUCUGGGAGUCCAGUACAAUCACAAUCUACUGGCUAACAGGGUUUUUAUGUUAUUAUUGAGCCAUCGUUGUUAGCUAUAGAACAGUUUGCAGCAUCUGCUAACACCAGCUAGGCUAGCUUAGCAAGCUAACCGGGCAGACCGUCUUCACGGCCAGGUAGCCGGGUAUUAGGCAGCUCUGUCAAUGAUUUGUGGAACAGAUGAUUGCGCAGUAAACUGAAGACAGGCAGUGGACACAUCCAGGGUCCGGUAAUAGGAGCACCAACGUCUUCACCAAGCUAACGUUAACGGGUAGUUUAAUACUGAAGCUAACAGAAGCUAGCAGUGACGUCAGGUAGCUCAACCAGGUGCUUCAGGAGUCACGCGAGGGGUUUCGGGACCAAGAAGAGAUGGCCAGUAAUGCCGCUGCAGGGUUCACCUGCAAGGCUAACGGGGACAACAAACCGGGGCGAGGGUCCGGUUCUGGCAGCAGCUCACGUCGCCAACAGUCAGAGUCAGAGUCCGACGUUGGCCCGAAAAGCUUAGCAAGGCUGUGCAGCAGGGACGAGGAGGAGCGAGCGGCGGCUCUGGAGGAGCUCAACCAAGCGGUCCUGGCAGGUUUGAAGCUGGACCGGCCCGGUUCGGCACGGCUGAGUGAACAAACACUCCUACAGCUGCUUCGUCUGUCCCGGUCGUGUCCACUGGGGGAGGUCCGGGAGAGAGCAACUGAGCUGCUGCGAACCGCACAGGAACAAGGAGUGGAAGUACCACGGGCACUGGCAUCAGGUCCAAGUGCCUUUAUUCCAGCAAAAGAGAUGUUGAAAAACGGACCAGACCAGGACAUCCUUAUCGAAUCUUUCCUUUCAUUGGGUCGCGUGGACCACAUCACCAUGGUGAUGGCGCUGCACCCUGCUUACCUCAGCUGCUUCCUGAGGACCCAGCACGCUUUGUUAGAGAUGGACGGCCCCUUGCCCCGUCACUGGAGACAUUAUAUUGCUCUUAUGGCUGCAGCUCGACACCACUGCUCGUACGUGGUGCAGCAGCACAGCGCUGGCUUCCUGGAGGCUGGAGGGGAGGAGAGCUGGCUGAGCGGCCUCGAGCAUGCUCCCACCAAGCUCCGCAGCCUGCAAACACUUAACAAGCUGCUGGCACACAGACCCUGGCUCAUCACACAGCAGCACAUACAGGAGCUGGUGUGUCCCGGAGCAGAUCCUCGCUGGUCAUUGGCUGAACUCAUCCAUGCUGUGGUCCUGAUGGCACACGCUCACUCACUCUGCUCUUUUGUGUGGGGCUGCGGCUUAAACCCUGAACCCGACCACGUUGGAGGUUAUACCUACCAACUUCCAUCUCCCAGUCACCUUCCUCGUAGCCCUCAUAGCCCUCAUAGCCCUGCUCAUGAGGACGGCAGGCAAGAGUUGGUUGACGGAGCGAUGGAGGUGGAGGUGUUGAUGCAGAGGAUGGUGGAGCUGCAGCAGCAGGAGGAGGAGUGCACACAGGAGGAAAUGGUGACUCGCUUUGAGAGAGAGAGGAGCGAGAGCAUACCAACCGCGGUGGUGCGUGGAGCGCCGCCAGACCUGGUGCUGCGUCUGGUGGAGGAGCCAGAGUUCAGAUACGAGGACUUCGCCCCCAGAGGAGAGCAGUCCCCACCCACCAUGAGAGCCCAGGACUACUCAUGGGAGGACCACGGCUUCUCUCUGGUCAACAGACUACUGCCUGACAUGGGCCAGCACCUGGAUGAAAAAUUCCAGGUUGUGAGCAACCUGACCUACCACAGGAUGGCCAUGCAUGAAGAUGUGGACACUCAUACUCUGAGAAAAGCUCUGUGGAACUACAUCCACUGUCUGUACGGGAUACGCUACGAUGAUUACGACUACGGCAGCGUGAACGUGCUGUUGGAGCGCUCUCUGAAGGUGUUUGUUAAAACCAUGGCCUGCCACCCUGAGCAGACCACUGCACGCGUUUACCACGCCUUCUGGAGACACUUCAGACACUCUGAAAAGGUUCAUGCGAACCUAAUAGUGAUGGAAGCCCGCCUCCAAGCAGCCCUUCUUUAUACCUUACGAGCCAUCACGCACUAUAUGAGAUGACGCACUCACUCACUUUUUGCAGAUGCUGAGCCAGCUGUGACGUACCACAGCCCAAAACACAACACAACAUGGACACACACACACACACACACACACACACACACACACACACACAUGGACACACACACACACAGACACACACACUACAGUGAAUGUUUGUAUAUGCAUAUCUUAUGUUUCAGUGUUAAUGUUUUGAUGCUGCUUUGCGACUGGAAUAUCUGAUAUUUAAAUAUUUGUUACUUAUUUUGCACUGAAGUUUAUCAGGUUGUGUUCCCCCACUUGAGCCUCAAGUGUUGUUAUGAAUAUCUUGCACAUGUUUCAGUCACACACACAGAUGUUUAUCUACAAGCUACAUGCUAGGUAGGCAGGUUCAAAUUUCUCAAUAAUCAUCAUGAUUCAGGUGUUCAUUUAACAUAUCUGUUCAGGCUGAUAAUGUGACAACCACUGUUCACUACAUCAUGACUACUCAUGCCUCAGGCCUCUCUGUCUGUGGCUGAGAUUAAGAAAAGACAAAAUAACUUGUAUUUUUAUAUACAAUAAAAGGUUAAUUUGUUAUCAAAAUUAAAA